AUGGCACAAACCAAUGUUCCAAUUGAGACGGAGGAACUGAUUCUAUUGGCCAGCUCAGGGGAGGAGAUGGAGGAACAGGAAGGCCCCCAUCAGGAGGAGGAAGCCCCCCAUCAGGAGGAGGAAGCCCCCCACCAAGCCUCCCAGGCGGAUACAUAUGAUACUCACUUUCACCCUGACCGCAUCCAGUCAAAAAGAGAGGAGUUAGGGGAGCCCGGGAAGCAGCCUGAGCAACCCGUUGACUUGGUGGGAGGGGUAUUAAAUUACUGUGACCCAGAGAAUUACACAUCUCCCGACUUCGUCAACGAGUUGGUCAGGCUGCAGGAGGGAAGAAACACUUGGAAAAUUGCCAUGGGUAUACACCCAAAGCAGGCAAGCACGUUCACCGAAAGGCAUUGGCAGGCCCUUCUUCGACACCUCGACAACCCACGGGUUAUUGGAUUAAGUGAGGUCGGUUUCGAAUUCACCAUGUCCCCAGAAGAGUGGCCCAAUCAGGAGCGCCUUUUCAACGCCCUCCUUGAUGUGGGCACUCGGGGUAGGGUGCUUAUUCUCCAUCUACGAGGUGUCGAGGACGGGACCAGUGUUCAUGUCAUUAGCCGUCGCUUGAUAAGAAAAAAAUGCCCCAAAGGCCAGAGAAUUCACCUACACUCAUUUAAUGGAACUGUGGCUCAGAUGAGAGCCUGGACUACCGAGUUCCCGAACUGUUUUUUGGGACUAUCUGGACUUACAAGGUGGUUUUCUGACCACCAGAGGACUAUGGUGAGGGAGAUUCCCGAAGGCAGGCUAUUGCUCGAAACGGAUGCCCCAUACCUUCCUCCUCGCCCAGGAAUGCGGUUCAACGAACCAAAAUUCUUGGGCGAUGUCGGAAGGUUGGUGGCUGGCCUUCGGGAUAUCCCUCUGGCGCGGCUAAUGGCAGUAACCACUGCCAAUGCCCAGAGGCUGUACUGCAGUUAA